CAUGAACGUCCUGCCGACGGCAUCAUCGUCGCAGAUGAGGAAAUCGUCGCUGCCGGAGAAGAAGUACAAGUGCCAGUUCUGCAACCGCGCCUUUUCGAGGAGCGAGCAUCGCAGCAGACACGAGAGAUCUCGUAAGUAACAAUACACCAAGGAGCGCCCUUUCAAGUGCAUGAAGUGUAGAAGUACCUUCGUGCGACGCGAUCUUUUGCUUCGACAUGACCGAACGGUGCACGCCAAAGACGGGGGCAUCCCUCUCCACAGCGACGUGAAGCGACGAGCAGGUCCCAAGCCCGGCCCCAUGUCCGGCCCCUCAAAGUCGGCCAUCGCCAUCGAUACAUCAGCCCUCGAGCAGAUCGAGGCCAGCAGCGAUGGAAUGGUUGAUCUCGAGACGGCGGCGAUGUUGAUGACCGACCUCCACCACAAAGCAACGGCAGCCAUGCGCAACGCGGGCGUCGAGCCACACGAGAACAGACCUGGAAUGGCUUUCUCGCAUGGCGCGGCACUCAUGGAGCCCUCCGUCACGUACCCUCACGGAGCCAUCUCGCUCCCCCAGGUGCCGUGGGAUCAAUUCAUGCCGCAGUCGGUCACAGAGCCCAAGUCUCACUCCAUCGCUUCCGCAGCCUCCGGUUCCCAGGAGUCGCAGACCUCAUUCACGACAGCCAGCUCGAUGCAGAAUCACCCCAACCAGCUACCUCCCAUCAAUAAGUCGGCCGCCUCCAACUAUAACGGCCUUGUGCCUGCUCUGCAAUCGAUGAUCAACUCGUUGCCUCCCUCGGGAACCGCCACGCCAAGCCAGCAGUCGCCCUCGCAGCAACCCCGCACUGGCGAACAAUCCCUGAAAGCACCUCAGGUACUCAACGACGAUGAGCGCAACAUCAUUCUGGACAACAUUCGCAGAAAUGACGGUGAGCGCGCAAUCCCCGAGAGUUUCCGUCUGCCCGGUCUGGCCUCGCUGAACAGAUAUUUGUCGACUUACUUCGGCCUCUUCCAUCACCAUCUGCCGCUCUUGCAUCCAGCUUCCUUCAAGCCGACCGAGGUCUCUUCGCCACUCUUGCUGGCCGUCCUGUCAAUCGGUGCAUUAUAUGCCUUUGACCAAGAUCAAGCGUAUGUGCUCCACAUCGGCUCCAAGGUUCUCGUCAACCAGUUCUUGCAGAACAAGGAGAACUUCAGCUCGCGAAAGUGCCCGCUAUGGACCAUGCAAAGCUCGCUGCUUAACAUGAUCUUCGCCAGCUGGAGCGGUGAUCCAAAGGGUCUUGAAUGGGCUUGCUCAAUCAAGAGUCUUCUCGCAAACAUGGUCGCUGGUAAUCGUUACGAGCUCAAGCUUCGAACGGAAGCUCGUGACGGUGCCUGUCCUACUCGGGCUGAGUGGGUUGAGGAUGAAGGUUGCCGACGAACGUACUACGCCGUCUACAUCUUCUUUGGUCUCUUGACUUUGACCUACAACCACACUCCUGCAAUCAGCUUCAAUGAAUUUGAAGAUCUCCAACUGCCUUCAACCGAGGCCAUGUGGAAUCUGACUGUCGUCGACGAAGAAGCUUGGCCAGAACAGCUCAAGAACUGUCAAGCUCCUUCCUUCAUGGAUGCUCAUGACAACCUCUUCCAAGGAGAAUCCUUACGCUACAGUGCUUUUGCCACUCGCGUCAUGAUUAACGCCCUCUUCCUCGAAGUUUGGUAUCACAAGCGCAGUCCAGAGGCUUUGCAAGAUGUUGUUACGGAAUACAAGCUUCGCCUGGCCCUGGAGACCUGGGAGAAAUCACUCGAGCUUUGUGAACCUGAGAGCGUUUCCGUUCCUCUCAGCGCCCCUCACAAAGGUCAUCCCUUAAUCUUCAAUGCCAUGGCCAUGUUCCGCAACGCUCGUGCCCGUCUCGAGGUGGAUCUCAAAUCGAUUCAAGAAGCUCUUCGUUACCAUGACUCGUACGAAGUUGCCGCCGCCAUGUCGAAUGCCAGAGACAAGGUCAAGCGAUCCAGCGAGAUGAUCAAGGUCAUCCAAGAAUGCUACAACUGCAUUGAAACUGCAGCUCGUCAAGGCAUUCGCUGGGUCGCCCGCACGUCUGCCACCAACUGGAGCAUCGAGCACCCGCUUUGCGGUCUUGAUCUCAUGGUCAUCCUCAGCCUUUGGCUCUAUCGUCUGGAACAUGACGAAGAGCCCGCCACUGACGAGGAAAUGGUCAUGUACAACAAGUUGCGGGAUCUCCUGGAUGACGACCAUGUUGAGAUUUAUGGCUCCAAGCUUAGCUCAACUGUCGCUCGUCUUUGGGGUUCCAUGCUUGAUGAGGUUGUUGUCUGGGGAAUCACCAAACUCAUGGGCGACUCCUUCCGUCUCCACUCUCAGGCUCUCAUCGGCUACGAAGACGACAUCGAAGUCUCCGACGUCUCUACUCCCUCGAUGAUCUCGCAGGGCGCAGAUGACAACGAAGACAGCGUGUACUAAAAAUUGCUAUUCUUCCUUUUUUAACGAGCUCCAUGAUUUCCUUUGUUCUCUCCUAAAUUACAUAGACUCUGAUAUCCCUCUCAUCUCCUUCAUCUCCUUACAUCAUCUCCUUUGUCAUUGCAUAUAGCGUUUUACAGGUUGGAUUUGGCUUCAGGGUAACGGGCAACAAUACGGGGCUGGUCUGGUUCGGUUGGCUUGG